AGGUUGCGUUGCGUCAGAUGAGAUGAGUUCUUACUUCUUUCUUUAAUUCUUUGUUUCUAAUUUGAUUUCUCGAACUAUAAUUAUUAUAAUUUCUUCGAAGAGUUCGGUGCAUCUUUCGCAAUAACUUACUCAAUUUUCUGUUGUUUACGUAUUUCGUGUUUUUUAUUAUAAAAAUGUCAAACACCGUACCCACUGAAGAAAUUGACGAAGUGAAGGAGCGCGCCCAUUUUAAAACUGUAGUAAACGCUUUUAAAUAUUACAAGUUAUGCAGCUUAGACAGGAUACUCAAAUCAGAGAACAUAAUCUCAAUGUUACCAUCGAGCCAUUGUAAACGGCUAGAAAAAUACAGAGCCUACCUCACAAAGUUCAAGAAAUGCCUGGACGUCAACAAUAGUAUUGUACUUCUAAUAAUAAAAGAUGUGGACACCAUGUUUACAAAUGUAGACCACAGUAUUGAUGUACAGACAAACGGGACGGAGAGUUUUGGUUGUGAUUAUAAUAAUUGUGAGAUACCAUCACAGGCACAGCACAAAAUGCAGCAUGAUGUUGAAAAGGUACAAUCAGUGUUAAAGAACAUAGUGAGAGACUGGAGCGACGCAGGCGCAGCGGAGAGGGAACAAUGCUACAAACCCAUAUUAGAUGAGCUGGACUAUAGGUAUCCAGCUGAAGAGUUUAGUGACCGCUCCCACAUCAAAGUGCUGGUGCCGGGCGCGGGGCUCGGCCGCCUGGUGUGGGAGGUGGCGGCGAAGGGAUACUGCUGUCAGGGCAAUGAGUUCUCGCUCUUCAUGCUGUUCGCUAGCAACUUCAUCCUCAACAAAUGUCCAGAGGCUAACAAGCACACAGUGUACCCGUGGGUGCACCAAUAUGUGAACCACCUGACCAGCGAGCACCAGAUCCAAGCGGCGACGUUCCCCGACGUGCCGCCCGCGACGCAACAGUCUCACUGCUCCAUCGCUGCCGGAGACUUCCUCAAGGUAUACACAGAGGCAGAUGAAUGGCACUGCGUGGCGACGUGUUUCUUCAUAGACUGCGCACCAAAUGUGAUAGAGUUUAUAGAGAGGAUAUACGCUAUACUGAGGCCGGGCGGCUACUGGAUCAAUCUGGGACCGCUGCUGUACCAUUAUAGUGAUAUGCCGACAGAAAUCAGUAUUGAGCCGCCUUAUGAUGUAUUAUUAGACAUAAUUAGAGAUGUCGGAUUUGAAAUUUUGAAAGAAAAGACCGGCGUGAAGACGAAAUACGCCCAGAAUCCCAACUCUAUGAUGCAGCAUGAAUAUAACUCGGUGUUCUUUGUAUGCAGGAAGCCUGACUGAUCUUCUAACUGUUAAAUCAAUCAAAAUGUUUUAUUGUAUGUCAAAGUGGAAACAUCUAAGUACAUCAGCA